AUGAUGACGCGACGGUCGACGUCGGCGCUGUGCGUCCUGUUCCUGUACGCGACCGGUGACCGGCUGCUCCGGCCGGCCGCCGCGGCCGACCAACGCGCCGGGUCCGCACCGCAGGUACGGUAUACGCGAUUUUCGUUUGUUUUUUUUUUUCGUCCGGCGACCAAAGGUACGCGGAAUUCGUGCGGCGCCAGGGGCUAUACCGUGUGACGUCGCCCGUCCGGCAAACAUUAUUUUCGCACAAACGUGAGCCGCGCACGUCGGUUUUUGACGGGGCGGCCGACCGGGUCCGUUUGGCCGACGGAGACUUUACGUGUGGGUGGCAGGAUGGGAAACGAACCUUAUUUCCUUCUCUCCCCUUCCCCCUCCCCCGUGACCCGAUUCUCGAUUCGCGGGGCGUAAUGAGCCGAUACGUCGUCCGUCGAUUUGACGUUCGAUUUUCUCCACGUCGAUCCGGCCCCGGCCGUGCGCGUCCUGUUUACACAAAAAAAAAAAAAAAUUAUCGAAAACCGAUUCUGCGGCCCCUCGAAAGCUCCUCCAGUCUCGCCCGUGUACACGGACCGGACGAAAACCGGAAGUUUACCCUGCAGAUUCGUUCCGACCGGUACGGUAUUCGUUUUAUUCCGCUAAAGUCGGUCGAAUGAUAAUAGCCGAAUUUCGAUUUUUCCCGAAAGCUAUUAUUUGAAGAAUGAUCCACCCUACAGAUUCUCUCGGAAACUAAAGCACCUUUACACAAAACACGUAUUCGAUUCAGCGACGUUCGCGAUACGAUUUACUGUUUCGAACCGAAUUAAAAGGUCACCCCUACCGCGGUGUUCUGAUCAUUGUAUUAGUUUCGUCGAAACGCGUCCGCAAACACGAUGUUUAAAUCCGAUUGGCUAGGUUUUCUUAACGUCGUCGUAAUAUUACGGCCCUUCGCCGUCUUCUCGUAAGUUUACGGCAACCGCAUAGGGUGCAUUUGUAAGCCCGUUGUAACGAGUUGUACGCCGUUCAGUCAUCUCUAAAGUAGCAUUUUCGUAAAUAUUAACGGCAAAUCAGACCGAAUACAAACGCAUAAAAAACAAUAGGCUAAAUUGGAGAGUUGUCACGUUUACUAAUUACUAAUAUUAAGGUAAUACAUUUUUAAGAAAUGUUAUCAAUUGUACACGAUAAUUUCAACAUAGAUAAUAACGAUUGUAAUUUAAAAUUACGAGGUUCAUGAUUUGUAUGUUCGAUUCGUUCGUAUUAUUCUUGGAUCUUGAAUUUUGGUAGUAACCCAUUGUUCGUUUUCGAAAAAUAAUAAAGGCUGAUACUUGAUGUGCCGAUUUUCGGAAGAAAAGAUAUACUGUAAAGCAAUUGAAUUUAUGUCCGGACGCAACGAAAAAACGAUUUUGAUCAGAGUAAGGAAACACGGAACAAAACCGAUUAAAAAAAAAAAACAAACUAAAUCUAAACCUUUAUAAUUAUUCAAAAUCUUAAGAUUUAAAUUAUUAUUAAAAAAUCGUUUGUCUACAAUAAUUAUUCGCGACAAAGCGAAUAUCGUUCAUAUUUGAUUUUUUUACAACCCAUUAUUAUUACUAUUAGUUGUUAUAGUUAGUAAUAAUGGGUUGUAAAAAAAUCAAUAACAAUUAGUUAACUGGUUGUUAGAGUUUAUCGGUUUUUCCUCGAUACCGGGCAAUAUCGAUUUGUAAUAUGGUAAUAUUGAUCUAUGGGAUGACACGUGUUAACAUAAACACGGAAAAAAAAUUAUAUCUACAAUAUUGAGCUUUUUUUUUUUUUUAAAGGAACGUACAAAUCUAAAGGCAAUUAGCUGUUCUAUAAUUACAAUACCUACUUGGUAUUGCGAUCAUAGAAGUUGAGGUUUCAGAAAUUACCCAUAUACGCAUUUUAUCGGUUUUGUCACUAAACAUAUGUUUUUUUUACGAAAUUGUUGACGGCCAAGACAAUAUUAUCAUAGAACAGUAAAAAAAAACAAAGCCUAAUGAGUGUAAAACAAUCUUUACAUUACAUCAUUACAUCGUAGACAAAUUGAAAAUGGGAAAAUAUAAUAAUAAUUAGCUUCAAGAAUCAUCAUCGUCGAAUAAAAAAUCAAAGUGAAACGUUUAAGUUGAUGUUAACAGUGAUAACAACAUUUUUUUUUUAUUUUGAUAAGGAACGAUAUAAAUAUUUAAAAACUGAUAAUUUUCACCCACGGAAAUGGGACAGUGCGUGGUUAACAAAACGGGUUUCGCCUCCGUAUUAGAUUUUUCCCGUGUUCUCUUAUUAUUAAUCGUAUUUUUUCCGUGUUAUCAAAGUAACUCGAUUUCCAAUUCGUCUAUUUAUUAAGAAAACUAUUAGGAAAAUCAAAAAAAUGAACUCCAUUAUGAUGUGUACAGAAUUGAUCAAAAUUGUAACGGGAAUGUUCUUAUAAAGUUUUUGAUUGGAACAAGAUUGCUGGUUAAAAAAAAGUCGUUUAAAGACGCAAAACGUCAGAGUAAAACCAACGCCUACACAUUGUACGUUCCUCGUUUCACUCACAAUCUAAAAAGUCGAGUUUCAAACAUUUAAUCAAAGAUAAAACAGUUUUAAACUAUUUAUACCGGUAAACGGAUCGUAAAAAAGUUUUGCCGAUAAAAAAAAAAACAAAUAAAUAAAUAAAAGUUCCGGUAGUUUUGAACCGUAUACUUGUGGGACGAGAGAUAAAUUAAAUGCGCGUAUACCGUUUUUUUUCCCCCCCUUAGAGUGACGGGACGUACUAUUUGUGAACGGUUUGUGUGUAAAAGUGUGUUGCAGCUUUCGACUAUAGUCGACACGGGAAAUUGAAUUGUACGUCGGUGUUAUGUUAAUUAUUAACAGUAGUGGGAUAGAAAAAAAAAAAAAAAAAAACGGCAUCUGAAAUACAACCGUACGCCGUUGAAUAGAUAGUCGCGCAUUGAAUUUUGCCGAUAAUUUUAUCGACCGGCCCGGUAAUUUUUUUUUAAAACCAACUGAUUUGCCUUUAGCCGAUUUCCAAUUGAAAACAAGAAUACAAUCGUAUGACAAAUGCAUAAUACAGUACGCGGUAUUGUGCCGAAGUGUAAUCGAAACGGGACAAUCGAGUGUCCCAUGCUCAGUUGUUUUUUUUUUUUUUUCUAAUCGCACUCGUACGUACUCGGAUUUUUUUAAUCGUCCAAUUGGUUUAUUUUUACGUUCCGUCGGGAGUUUUUUUUUUCUUAUUAAAAAACACAUUAUUAUAAUAUUGUUGAAUGCGUCGGAAUAACGAUUACGACAAUUAAAUCGUUUUGGCAUUGUUUAAUUUUUUAUAAUGUGUAUCGGAUAUUAUAUUACUAAAAGACAAUAUUGAAUACGUACGUCUAUUGGCGGAAAUACAUUAGCAUUCCGGGGAGAUGGGGGGGGGUAGAAAGAAGGCUGAUAAUAAGGUGAACCGCGGGCACUGACACACACCUUUUAUAACAGUAUGAGUCCGUCAUGCGCAAUGUAUGCCUUUUUUUUUUUUUUCUGUCUACAAACAACUUUUCACCAGGGAUCUUGCUCCGACCUUUUCGAAAAAGACGAUUUUGCGUCUGGUCGAUGUAUUACACGGAUCGUGUUUUUGAUUUCCCAAAGGGGUUUUGAAAAUAAUUGAGAAAAACCCGAAAGAAAAUCAAAACUAAAAAUAUUUAUCGCGGCGUUGCCGAGUUAUUGCGGAGACUUGAAAUUUCAACAAAAUACAUAUAUUGACCUUUUGUGGAUGCGGUGAAAUUCGCAAAACAUUCUAGCUUUCUCUAGGCUGUUUAUAGAUUUCUGAUAUUUUCGUGAUUUGUUAGGUAUCUGUUAUUUAAAAUUAUAACAAAUUCGAGUUUAAUGCAUUCGUUGUUUUUUUUUUUUUCACAAGCAUUUAAGAUCAAAUUUUGAUAAAAAUCGUAAAAAUUACCGGAGCCAAUUCACCAAUUUCACCAAUUUAGGUAAUCGGUGUUUUUACACAUUGAAUUGGCUCCCGAGAUUUAUGUAUUGAUUUGGGCUCCUACAGCAUUUAUUUUAUGCAUCCAUUAGUUAUAAAAAUUGUUUGAAACAAUAAUUUAAGCGUAAUAUAUGAAAAUAAUUUGAAAUACAAAUAUUUAAUUUUAUAUGUCAUCGAAAUUGUUAAAAUUUAGUAAAUUAUAAUAUUUUUAAUGCAUUCAUAGAGGUUUAUCACAGGUAAAUUUUAAACUAUUUACUAUUUAUUUUAUCGACCGAAUUUUAUACAUAACUUACAGAGGCACGAAUUGCUAUUAAUUUUCUACGUAGGUUAUUGCGUUUAACGAUAUCAGUGAAAUAAGUAGAUAAAUUACAUAAUUACAUAAUGGCUGUGACUGUUUAACACGUUAUCGGGUUAAUGGUUAGACAAUUCCUAGCAGUUUUUUGUGGCAUUGUGUCACUAAAAAAUAUUAAAGUUCGUACUUUUUCCACUUUUAUAUUUAUAGAACCGCUUUAUGUUUUGAAAACCACUUGGUGAAAAAUGUAUCGGAAGCCAAUUCAAUAUUUAGUUCCUUGGGAGUCAACUCAAAGUUCGCCAAAAAUUACUAAUUUAUGUUUUAUAAAUUCCUUGUAAUUAUUGUCUUUUUGUUGAUAUUCGGUGACAAUAUAAAACCACUGUCGCACCAAUCAUAUUUAAUUAAAUAUUCUAUCGCCGUAUACGAUAUAAAUUAUAAAUAAAGUAUCUAAUUUGACCGCUAGAGUGCAGGUCUUAUAUACCUAGAACGUAUUGCCGUCGAUAUGCGUCGCGACCAACAUUACUUUAUAAUACGAUUCCUUACAGGAGUAGAUAUCAAUUUCUACAUGAAAAUAAUAUGUUUAAUGAUUUUAUACCUAUAACUGGUUAUACUUAGAUUUCCUCUUCGACAACUAUGCUGAACCCCCGCUACUGGUCGGGUAAUCAGUUGAAUAUCUAUUUAUAUUAAUAACACACAUUGAGUAAGCACAAUAUUAUUUUAGAUUGAAAUCGGUACGUAAACACUGCAACAGUAUUAACCGUAAGUAGUGAUUGUUUCGAUUACGUUUUAUUGAUAUUGGAUGAAAUAUCGGUACAAAUAGCUAUGAAUUAUACGAAAAAAGUAAAAAUUAACUCAUUCGAAAAUCAAAAAAAAAAAAAAAUUUAUAUUAUUUCCUAUACAGUUACGGGUACUUUUAUAUCAGGAGCCACGGAUUUAUUCGGACAAUUUUUAUUAUAAUUUGAUGUGAACACGAUUUCUAUAUUUAAAUUUUUACUCUCACUCGUUAUACCUAUUAACCUUAACACGUCGAGUUUUACGAGACCCGAAUGUUGUUCUCACACGCACUUGACAAAAGCGCCGCGGAGUUUUUCCCGCGGGUUAAUUGUAAUAAUUUCGGGAAAAAAUUGUCUAAAUGAUUUGGAAUUUUGUAUUAAUCGAUAACGAAAGGUGCGAAUAACUUCUUCCGUUACCGCGGAUACCAAACAAAGUACCGACACUGUAGUAUUUAAAUAUAACGAGAAAAUACUGACAAACGAUGGGAAACGUUAUUGAGAAAAUUGUCAAACACUGUGAGGCUCAAACGCAGUUUUCACUGCACAUUUUUUAAAAUCACAACGAGAUACAAUUUUUGGGGUUUUUAACCCCUUGCCUCUUUUUAUACGUAGAUUCAAAGAAGAGAAUAGUGUACUAAAAAUGUUGAUACGCGUAACAUUGAUAUCACGGCUACACCGUUUAUGAGUCAUAUACAUAACGGUUUUGCAAUUUACACCAGAUUGGUAAUUGGAGAGUAAUACAUUUCACAAUAUUCAUUUGCAGACUGGAAAAAAAAAAUGAUCAAAUUCCCUUAAAAUCUUCCGAGAAAAUCGCCGCAACAAUUACCCCGGGUCGAUUACGACUUAACUUUAAGGGGGAAACGGUUUCGAAAAAAAUCCUCGUUUCGACGCCGAAACGUAACGUCUGCGUUGCACACGACCCAUUCGUCUUCGAGAGUCCGCAAUAUUUGUUCGUGUAGAAUUGCGCGACCGGUUUCGGACAUUUUUUUUUUUUUUUUUUUUUUUUUUUUCCCCCGGUAUUUCGACCGGCCAUCAGCCGACUUGGUACCUUUAUCGCACGUCUCCGCGUUUCCCGCCGCGUACCGGACGAAUUCGUCUGCGCGGACGUACGUACGAUGACAUUAAUCGUUUAGCGCGUCUUCCAUUUGGCACGGCGGCGGCGUACCGUUCGAACGGUUGUGUUCGGACGGUAAACCGGAGCCGUUCGCGUUGAAUUCGUACCCGAUUAAAAAUAACCGCCGCGAUAAUGCGCGUUACCCGCAAUAGGCAUCGGUUCGAACGAACUCACGAAACCCCUGUCGCGUUUCGGCAACGACGGUUUCUAUUACUUUCACGUGAGCUAAAUACACUUUCGGCCGUGUAACUAAUUAAGUUGAAAAAUAAGAGAGAAAAAUAAUCGGUCGCCGUGAACCGAUGUGCAAUUUGUGCGUGUACGCGUAAAUAUCAAACAUAUAGCGUACGGCGAGACCAAAGACAUUUUGCUCGUCGGCUUUCCCCUUCCGCCCCACAUUAUAAUAGCCGACGACAAGAUCGUUUUUUUUUUUUUUUUCUUUCGAUAAAUGCCGUAAAUACGCGCGUUUUUAACGCGCGUAUAAUUGCACGAGUAUUAUAUUCCGAUUUCGAGUAUCGCGUUCGUGUAGCGGUAACGAGAUUGAGGAUUUCCGAAGUGUAUUAAACACUAAUGUUAAUACAUCCCCGAAUCGUUUUUGCGAUCUGUCUGGUAGAAAACAUAAAUCGUCAAAGUUUAAAAUAAUGAAAUUGAUGACGCGGUAGUGUUUUCUAUGGGCACUUUUUAUCCUCGAUUAUCAUAUAAAAAAAACAACGUGAAUAUCCAAAAAUCGACUUCCCCAAUGCGUCGGUUCGGUUUAAACAUAUUCAAUAAGAAAGCUAUCUUGUUGUUCCGACCAGAGAAAGAUUUCUGGAAGAAAAGUUGUUUAAAGACAGGAAAAAAGUACACGUCAUAAAACCAAUACAUUGCAAAAACGCUUAAAAUAUAAAAUUCAUUAUUGUUCAAAAUUCUGACAAUUUUUUUAAACUUUUACAAACUCGAAAAUGUAUUUCGUAAUGUUAAUAUCGAACAAUUUAAGUCAACGUUGCACAGAGCAAACAUUCAUUAUUAGAUGCACGAAACAGUUUUGUAAAACAUAUUUGUUAAUUUUACGACUGCACAAUAAAUACUUGUGAUAAUAAAUUAGAACAGUUCUAAAAUGUAUUUGAAAGUAAAUUUGAGUUGAUCAAAUUUCAUUUUUUCAAAAUUAUCAAAACGAUUAGUUGCCUAUACGUUACCCCUUAAAUACGAGUGGUAUCUCAUAAUGCUAUAUGAAUGAAUAAAAUCGAAAAUCAAAUAAGAUUUAAAAUAGAAGUUAUUUUUAUACCUAACUAAAAAAAAAAAAAAAAUGAAAACAAUUUAUUUGUAAACAUUUUUUAAAAUAAAUGAAAGACAAUUUAAGAGAAUUUUAUUGUAAAAUAUCCAUAAAAAAAAUUAAUACAAACCGCACUUGUGAAUUUCUUGUAAAUAAUCUCUAACAAAAUAAGGGGUCACUUGAUUUGUUCUGAAAAUAAUCAUUAUCACUACAAUUUUUGAUUUACCAUGUCCAAAAUCAUAAUUUUGUUUUGUGACACAUGAAUUUGUAUGUACAUUUGUCAUUCGACCAGCAUUUGCGUUGAACCUUCAUGUUUCAAAAUGAAAUAUGAAAUUACGUAAAUUUUAUUAAAUCUAUAAUAUAGCCAAACACUUUUUAAGUAUAUUCUCGAUAAGAAAUACUGACUUCGGUCUGUCACAAUUAGUUAUUGAAUAUGAUAUAGUAGCAUGUGGUGGAUCAGCACAUGAUCACAAGUAAAAUGCAUACAGAUAGCGCAGAAUACCUUCCUAAAAAUUAUUCUUCAAAAACCUAGGCUCUAACCCAGUAAAAAACUCUACUCAGAAUCGAAAAUCUUACCCAUUCAAAAAUUAAAACUACAAAAAAACAUAAUACAACCAAUCGUCCAUAAAUAUGACAUGUGAAAAUUUAAUAUUUCCCAAAAUAAACACCAAAAAAAUAUUAUGAUAGCUAUGUGAUCACGGGUUUAAGAAUUUAUGAAAAACUUCCAACUUAUAUAAAAAAUUGUGAAAAACUUAUUGACUACAAAUUGCUUGUAAAAAGAAGGUAAUUGGUCAAUGAUCUAAUUCUGUGAAAUAAUUACCGUCAUUACUAUAUAAAUUGGCUUUGUUUUUUAAUUAUUAUUAUUAUUAUUACUAUUUAAUUGUUUUGUUAUUUUUUUUUCUCUCUCUCCCUCUCUCUUUUUUUGAGAGUUUAUUUAUGUUUAUUUAUAUUUCUUUUUUUUUCGUUCAUAUAGAGACACUCACCUAUCAAAAAAAAAAAAAAGGAUCAUCCUUAGUGAUAAACGAUGCAGUAAAAUUUAUAAACAUUCGUAAUCAUGUAAAAUUGUAAAACACAAUACUGCAACUAAAUAAAUAAAUCUUUAUUAUUAUUUUUAUUAUCAUGUUGAACAGUCGUUCGAAUAAUUUGUUCAUAGCUAAUAACAAUAAAAAAAAAAAAAAAAAAAAAAAAAAAAAUUUAAUUUUGGGUUUUUUUAUUAUUUUUUACAGUUAAAUUAAUCGUAUUAUUCGAAUAGGGUCAUUAAAUUAGAGCUUGAAUUAAAUGUACAACGACAUACAACUCACGAUUUUGGACAUAAUAAGCUAAAAAUGUAUAAUAAUACAUGAAAAUGAUUAUUUAUAAAUAAUACAUUUUCUAUAUAUAUAUAUGUAAAUAUGGAUGUGUGUCUGUCUGUAUGUCCUUUAUAGACUAAAAAACUACUGGGCCGACUUUAACGGUGGUUUUUUUUUUUCAAAAUGUUCCGCGUGGUCCGGAGAAGGUUUAUAGCUAUUGAAAUUUCUAAAAACCACACAGGGAUUUUUAGUAUUUUGUGGUAUAAUUUCUGUUGAUUGUGUGGUAUCUAUGGUAUCUACUGAAUAUCGUUUGUUAAUUUCAUUGUAAUUUUGAUUUUUGUUCAACGUUCAACAAAUUUAAAUUCAUUUCAAAAAAUCUAAGUGGAAAUUGUUUUGUUAUACAUUAUUUGACACUAGCAAUGCCGGGUGGGACAGCUAGUAGAAUAAUAAAUAGAUAAUAAUGAUUAUUAUUGGAAAAAAUCCAGUGAACCUUUAUUCGGUAAAAAAUUUUCUCAAGAAAUCCAUUGGUACGGUUUAUUGAUACUGAAAAAAAAAAUUUCAAAAAACUCAUAACCAUUUAUAGAGUAACGCGCUGUUGUGUUGACCAUUCUUUUUCAGGACACACUGUUUAUGUGCCCGAAAGAUUUAGUUGGUCCGGCCCCCGUUAAAGCUGAGUACGGACCUGGGUUUGAACGAUUCGUAUUAUAUUUUUAAGUAAUCGAAAAAGUAUUUUUCUCACGGAAAACAAUAGUUAUGUUCAAAAACCAUAGGCAGAUAUUUUGUCACAUGUGAAGCUUUUUUUUUUUUAAACAUUUUACCCUCGCUAUUACUCACCAUACUCACAUUUUUUUUCUAGCUGUGGCACCUAGUAAACAUUUUAAAUUUUUAAAUCAAAUAAUAAAACAAUUGCGUUCAUUUUUUUCACACAUAUUGACAGAUAAUAUAAAAAUUCGUACAUUUUAUGUAAUAUUGAUAAAAUACAUUUUUGCUCAUACGAAUGAAAUGUGUUUGAAGAAUUGAUUGAGAAGUGUUGUGGAAUAAAACCUUUCGCGGCUUAACAAAAAUCUAAGGCUGGGGGGGACCUAAGUUCCUUAAUUUCUCGCUUAUAUCCGCCUAUAAAUGCGGAUAUGUAUAUGUAAUACAUGUAUUACAUGUAUUAUGUAUAUUACUAUAAUCGCGUACAGUAUUUUAUUCUCAGCUGAUUAUAUUUUUAAAAAAACGAUACAAUAUUGCAAUAUAGGUAGUAUAAUAUAUAGGGCUAGGAUGAGUGAGAGUGCGUUUAUUCGCGGUUAUGGAAAAUUAUCGAAUAGUUUCCAUAAUAUAAUAUUAUCAUAAUGUUAUUCGAUAAUUUAUUUUUAUAUCAGCUAUAUAAAAAAAAAAUACUUCACAACUAUAGUGUUUACAACAAUACCGUUCAUGAAAGUAUAAAAAAAAAAAAAAAAAAACGUAUAGUAAUAAUAAAUUAGCUUUAAAAAUAAAAAUCUCAUAGGAAAUGCGAUUGAAAUAAAACUAAAAAGCUGUCAAUCAAACAUUUUUUUUUUUCGCAAAAUGUUCAGUAAUUAUAAUCAAUAUUUAUGCAUACACGCAAUUCCUAGAAGUUAGUAGAGUCAAAACUAAUUGGAAAAAAAUACCUUGAUUCUUUUUUAUAUUAAAUCACAAAGUCCGAGUGUAUUUUUUUUAUUUUCUAUAUUUUGCUCGUGUGAAAGAAAUGAACGUGUCAAGUAAAAUACGGGGUACGCCAAAACUAUGAUAUAAAAUGUGAAAAAAAAAACCCAAGAAAAAAGAAACAUGAGCACAGAGCUUCGAAACUAGAGUCGAAUUUUUCCACAGUUGACUUGUUGACGUUAUAAUAUUCGGUAGAAGAAGCCGCUAAAAGUGUCCAAAUAUACUGGGGGGGGGAAAAAAAACGUAUAAAUACAUAAUAAAUCAAGCACAAAACAGUGCAAUAGUUUAUAUUUUCGGGGAUAAUCCAACAGCAAUAUUGGAAAUCUUAAUAGUUUGUUUUAUUAAAGAAAUGAACAUCGUAACAAUAUUACAAUAUGUUAUACUAAAGUUAUCACGGCAUUAACGGAAACUUUGGUUUUUAAUGAAUUUUCGAAAUUUAGUGAAUAUUAUGAUGUGACAUUGUUUUAACAAAUUAACCAACGGAAUAAUUUAAAUAGGUACACGAUCCAAUCGUUCGUACGGGUAAUCAACCGAUUGUUUUUUUUUCCUUUUCCUCCCUUUAUUCCGAGAUAAUUUGAAUUUGAUUAUUUUCGGUCAUAGAUGGAUAGUAGCCAGUGUACAGCGUACGUGUACCUGUUGUACCUGUUCGCGAGAAAAAAAAACAAACAAAAAAAACAGCGUACACAUAAUAUUAUUGUAAACGUUGCGCACUCGUGCGAGAAAUAACCGAUCCUCUCGGGUAUAAUAAUAUUUUGUCUGGAGAAAACCGAUACACUCUCGCGGUAUAAAUAUCAUCGUAUACAUCGUAUAGGUACGUGAAAUCGCCUAAGAAAACAAUAAUACAUAUAUUUUAAUUUUAUUAUAAAAAAAAAAAAAAAAAAAAAUUGGCAAAACAAACGGACAAAACGUACAGUUUUCCCUUUUCGUACACCUGCCUACAUACAGUGUGCUAAACGAAUCCGUAUAAUAUUAUAAUAACAAUAAUAUUAUGAUGACCUGCAUAUUAUUAUUACUAUUAUCGUCGACGUGAUACGGUUGUUUAGUGUCGGAUCAGACGUGCUCUACAUCCGCGUGGUACCGUAUCCUAUCCGUAACCUUUCUAAAGGACGGUUCGAUAUCAUUGAUAUUCGAUACACUUACGCCGUGAUAUGUACGGACGGGACAUAGGUGGCUGAAACGUCGGACGUGUUAUAGUUUUGACGGUUCACUGAAUCAGCGAGAAUUGUUGUGUUGGUCAGGUGGUGGGCCGUUCAAAUUUUGACGAAAUUCCGGUUCAUGCGAGACUUUAAUGAUACAAUUCCGAUAACCGCGCCUUUGUCCCAUAACAAUUGACACAGGACAAUAAUCAAUAAUCGGUAAAAGCUUUCCUAGGACAUUGGAUUCGGGUGCGAUGGAUUCAAUGCACGCCUGUAAGCAACGAUAAACCACUGCUGUCGGAAAAAAACGAUUCCGAGGGCAGUCCAGUUGAUAGUGAUGCUUUGUCAACAAUGUAUACGAAUAUGUCAUAUUAUGGUGGAAUAAUGAGAUAGACAUUGUAUUAGGCAUUUUCUUUAAUAAUAUUUGUUGAAUUGUUGUAUCGAUUUUCCUACGUUUUUCCCGGGUUUCCCAUGUUUUUCCCCCGGUUUUUCACAUUUGCUGGGAAAACUCUUGGGAAAAUCGAAUAAUGACCUCUUUAAAGUACCUUCUCUGUCAGAUUUACUUUCAGAAAAAAUGACGUCAUUGUAAAUCGGAGCAAAAUUGCUAGUAGAAAAGUUGUUCACAGAAAAAAAAAAAAAAUCGUAAUAUUUUACUAAUAUAUUUCGUACAUUUUCCCGUUACGAUGGGGCGGUCAAUUUUUUUUACUCUUUGAACCACCAAAUAAAAUAUCUCGAGCCGUCUCCGGGAUGGAGCAAAAGUCUAUUAGCUAACACGACCAAUACAUACCUGUCUACCGCUAUGUCGAGUGUAGUUGAUAAAACAGUUUAUCGUACAGCAGUACUACAGUAGGUAAAAACGUGUUUAUUAUCUGGAUCAUAUCAAACAGAUUUCGUCAAUUUCCCUCUCCUCCUUCCGCAAAAAAAAAAAAAAAAACAAAAUAAAAAUGUUGUGUUUUAUUACCUACAAAGUGCAAAAGAAAUAUUUGUACAGCCGUCGUAAUUUUAUAAUAGACCUGCAUUAUGGAGAACAUUAAAACGUUGGCCUACAAUAUCCGAUCACAAAAUAUGAUGUAUUUUUUUACUGAACAGGUCUUGAAAAGUUGUACAUGCUUCGACUGAGCUUCUCGGUCUGUCAAAAUUCUUCGCCAUGUACAUUUUGCGUUACUCUAUCGUUCACUUAUUUUGCGUCCUUGACUAUUUUGUCUGACCACCGCAUACUGUUGUUGUGGGGGGAGGGGGGCUCACUCGACCCUUUUGAAUGUUUUUAGUUGUAUUCAAACUGUACUGGUUUUAAUCAAUACAUUACGAAUGCAACUUCGGUGAGCUUACCAAACAUGACCACCGCGUUCCAGUCGGUUUCCGUAAAAGCACCUUUAAUUGUAAGGUUUAACGUGUAGCUUCGUGAAUUCAACACCGAGUUUCACUCGUGACUCAAGUAACGCGUAAGUUUCACUGCCGAAGUUUUUUAAAGCGUUUUUGAAGCUCAAAGAUGUUUUAUAAAACUGAGUUUGAGUUGAGCAUUCGGUUUAAUAUAGGUUUGAGAUUAUUUAGCGUUAACACUUUAUUAGGUAUUUAGGAAGCUAAAUCGUUUAAACGGUUUUAAACUAAGACUUAAAGUGUGAUUAGGUUUAUUUGGUAAUUACUAAGUUUCGGUAUGGUGCCAUCCUUAGAUUACUGGCCAUACAUUUUCUAAAGAUUCAAAUGUUAUACAUACUUGAAAUUGAAAAUAACAAAAUUUAUGGAAAAGUAUGUUCGGUUUGAUUUGCCGCAAUUAGCCUUAUUUGUAUCCGGUUGUGCGUAUAAUUUUUACCGCUGAUAUUAACAACCAAAUAUUUAGAACCGUUUACUCUCUCAAAGAAAUAAGGUCUGAUCCGUUUAUGACACGUUUUUGUCGUAACUAAAUAUGUAUGAUUUUGUUGCGUUUCGUGCCAAGACUUAUCAUUUUACUGGAAAUUAUUAGACUUCAUCUCGCGUUUAUUGACGUACUUACACAUGUAUACUUGUUAAGACUACCAAAAAUCAUCUGACAAAAAAGACGUCCUCGCGAUCAUAGGUAGACAUUCCACCGAAACGUCCACCUAUGCUUCCGAUAUAAUUGUAUGCCAUUUAUAACGUAUACUAUUGUUUCUACGAUAUUAUAAUGUUGCGUACGCUAAUUUAUAAAAUUCAAUAUGCGUCACAAUACCAAUUCUGUCUGUUUGUUUGUUUUUAAUGUUUUACUCAAAACUGCUCGCAUAUUACACAAACUUUUUAAGUAUUUUUUCCGGCAAUUGUCAGUCGUGUGACGUAUCACGUGUAUGAGUUCAACUUGCUAGUCCAACAUGUUAAUGGCGCACUAACCGACUACGGGGUUUUCACGACAGUAGGAGGCGCUAUGAACCGGAGCUAUAAACAAAUACGAUUGUCAUUAUUUUUGAUCGAAUAUAAUCGAACACAUUUUUUAUUAUUUUUUUUUUUUUAUAAAUUUUUCGAAAUACGUGCGGACCGAUGCACACGUGCUCGGGACGAAAUAUACACUCUGUACAUUGUAAUACACGCACGCCUGUAGUAUAACCGUACGUUAUGUUGCACACAGGAAAGCUCACCGGUGGCGUCCAGAUGCGCCAACAAUUACACGAUGACGUGCGUCAAGAGGGACGUGCUCGCGCUCCUCGACGCGCUGGACGGCGAACGGAGCUACGAGAUCUAUCCCGGGAUCACGAUAUACCAGAGGCGUUCCCCGGCGCCGUCCAGGAACGAGUCGCUGGACGCGGCCAAUUCCACUCGGCUGGACUAUCUGAUCGCCAAGCGGCUGGACGGCUACGCGGACAGCGUGGACCUGCGCGUCAGGCUGCUCGACCCGAUAAACGCGACGGCCGCGCGGUCGGUGGGCCACACGGUGCUCGAGCGGUUAUUGCCGUUCCUCCGAAUGAGUAUGACCAAACGCAUAAUGUUAUUAGUUACCGUCAAGUCUUUACACUAUCUGUUGCCGAAACUGUGGGACAGGCUCAGCCGACACUAG